AUUCACAAGGACAAUUGAAUUUGAAACCUCUCUCUCUCUCUCAUGCACAUCGUGAUUUUGAAGUAGGAGUCGCGUAAUACUAAUAUAAAUAACGAUGAAGUAGCAAAGCAUGUGUAGUAUGUACUUCUAGCUGAAAGCAUCAUACUUGCAUAAGAAUUAAUUAAUAGAAUUUGACCUGAAAUUGACAACGCGAGCAAAAUGCCUUCGACUGUAGGUGGUAUCGAUCGCAUCGAGCAGCGGCAGGAGCUUCGGGAGAGGCGUGCAGCUAAAACCGAGGAGGACCGCAAAGCUGGCCGUCCUCGGACGUCGAAAAAUCCGAUGUUGAUGGAUCCAGAUGCUGCGCGUGCGAUCCUUGAAACGAAGUCGAUGAACCAGUCCUUGACGGAGGACUAUUUGAAAAACAUCCGAACCGAUUUGGCUGGGAAGCAAAAGCGUGAACCAGCACUAAACGUGUGGGAGAAACUGUUUUUGGUCAGCGUCACCGUGCUUGCCGUAAUUCCGAUGGUGUACACGCCGCAGACCUUGGUAGAUCUCGCCUUCGUUCUUGAGGGCGCCAUUAUGGGGGAGCCCCCACCUGAUGAAGGGAACGACGGCGUUUUCUCUGGUGGGAGUACUGGUCCGCUGCCGUGACAACGAGAAGCUAUUGUUGUCGUGGAGGAUGGAUAAUCAGGAUGAACAGGGACUUAGAUUUUCAAAGAAAAUUCUGUCUAUUUUGCACGGUCCAACGCAAGAACACUCUAUUUUGCAAGGUCCAGUUUGCCCGCCCACAAACGUACCGGGCGCGCUUGUUUCAAAGGCCUAACGAAAUGGCCUGCGACUUGGGUGUGGUGGUGUGCGUGGAUGUGGUGGCGUGAGUGGGUUUGGUGGUGUGUGUGGGUGUAGUGGUGUGAGUGGGUUUGGUGGUGUGAGUGGGUGCGGUGGUGUGAGUGGGUCUGGUCCAACGCAACACGCCGACGAAAGCUCGGCCCAAAAUAUAGGCAGAUGGUUCAAGGCCCGUAGAGUCACGAGGAGCAUCAAAGACCAUGUUGCUGUUUCAUCAUGUUCUUGGGGAGAAAAGGCG